UGAACUCCUCCACGCUCAGGGAGCCGGAGUUAUCCAGGUCGAGUUUCUUAAAUCUCUUCCCCAGCCUCUUAAUCUCAUCUGCAUCAACUGAAAUGAAACGGAGACAAAGUUAUUCACAGACGCUCACAGGCAGGAGGAAGCGGUUUCAGCGGUUCUGACCAGCGACUUUGGGUUCUACCUGUUCAGGACAGACUGCAGGUCAAACACCUGCACCUCGUCUCCUUCCUGUAGAAACCAUUUCCCUGCACGACACGACCAAACUCACCUGGCUUCUUGUUCCUGCUGGCCAUGUUUGUUCUACUGGUUGCAGUAAGGCUGAGCCGAGAGCCACAGGACCUCCUGGUGCUGCGCUCUAAGCCCCAGCGGCGGGUCAUGUGACACCUCUUUCAACGCUAAUCACUCUGCUGAUAGCCGUGAGUCAGCGACACAGCCGAGGUGGACUGUGGAGACACUUCAGUCUGUCCUUUCACAGAAUCAAACAUCUUUUCUAUGUUGUCAGCUGACCUGCAUGUUUCAAGCAAAGAUACCACAGAGUCGCCCGACACUGAGCGCCUCGUAAAGCCACAAAAACCUCCGUUAAUGUUAAUCCUGAACACGUGUUGAGAGCUGACAGCCUUCGUCAUGUCUGAACACAACAACAACAGCACAGACAGCAGGCUUUAAUCCCCUCACUGGUGUCAUGACGCAGAACCACCACCAGAUGGAGCACAACACACAACAACACAAACACCCACCUCGGACAUGUUUUCUCUGUUCUCUCUUACUGCCUUUUUCUGUUUCAAACCAUGUGAACAUCAGAGUCUGUGACGAGUGGAGGAGGUUCCAUCCUGCAGUGUGUCAGGACAGGAAAGCUGCAGCUCAUUAGGUGCACCUGACCAAAACAAAGGCAGUGCAAUGCAGCCGUCCAGCUGCACAGUAAACCGCUGGGCGCAGGCGAAGCAGCAGAGCCAACAGAAACAACACCAACCAGCAGAGCAGCAGUGAGAGGCGGAGCUUCAACGUCACACUGAAGCAAUGAAACUGAAAGUCAGUCAGAGUGGCAGUGACACAGCAGUCGAGUCUCCGAUUGUCUCUAACAGAAGCUUCCCUCCGAACUCAUCAGGUCUCGUGUGUGUUUAGAUAUGGCUGCUGCUAAAUAUGUGCCAUCUGAAGACCAGUUUCUGUGCUCCAUCUGUCUGGAUGUCUUCACUGAUCCAGUCACCAUACCAUGUGGACACAACUUCUGCAAAACCUGCAUCACUGAGCACUGGAACACCAACGAUAUGUGCCAGUGUCCCAUGUGUAAACAGGUUUUCACCACCAGGCCCGACUUAAAGGUUAACACCUUCAUCUCUGAGAUGGUUGCUCAGUUCAGACAGUCAGCUCAACAGGAAGCCAGCAGCAGCUCAGAGCAAGAAGUUUCCAAUCCAGGAGAAGUUCCCUGUGACAUCUGCACUAGAACCAAACUGAAGGCCCUGAAGUCCUGCCUGGUGUGUCUGGUCUCCUACUGUGAGACUCACCUGCAGUCUCACCUGACAUUGUCAGGCCUGAAAAGACAUCAGCUGAUUGACCCUGUGGAGAACCUGGAAGACAGGAUGUGUAAGCAGCACGAUAAACCUCUGGAGCUCUUCUGUAAGACCGACCAAAUGUGUGUCUGCUUGCUCUGCACUGUUAUAGACCACAAGACACAUGAAGUUGUUCCUCUGAAAGAAGGAUAUGAAGAAAAGAAGGCAAAGCUGAGGAAGACAAACACUGAACUUCAGCAGAUGAUCCAGGAGAGACGACUGAAGAUUCAGGAGGUCAAACACUCAGUGGAGCUCAGUAAGGAAGGUGCAGACAGAGAGACAGCAGAAGGUGUUCAGGUCUUCACUGCUCUAAAGGAGUGUGUUGACAGAAGCCUGGACGAGUUCAUCAAGACGAUAGAAAAGAAGCAGAAAGCAACAGAAAAACAGGCAGACAUUUUCAUCAAAGAUCUGGAACAGGAAAUCUCUGAGCUGAAGAAGAGAAGCACUGAGGUGGAGCAGAUCUCACAGUCUGAAGACCACCUCCACCUUCUCCAGAGUGUUGACUCUCUAAACAUCAACCACCCACCAUCCACCAGGGUUUGGUCUGAGGUCAGCGUCCGUCCAGCAUCGUAUGAGGGGACUGUGGUGAGAGCUGUGUCUCAGCUGGAGGAGACACUCAGUAAAGAGCUCAAGAUGCUGCUUGAAGCUGAUCUGAAGAGGGUCCAGCAGUAUGCAGUGGACGUGACUCUGGAUCCUGAUGUUUCAGGAAAGCAGAGUUUCUCUUCAGGCAGAUUUUACUUUGAUGUUCAGGUUAAAGGAAAGACGUGGGACUUUGGAGUGACUCGAGAGUCAGUCAACAGGAAGGAAGACAUCCCACUGAGCCCUCAGAAGGGCUACUGGACUAUAGGGUUAAGAUAUGGAACUGAGUACAAAGCUUUUGAUGACCAUCCAGUCCGUCUCUCUCUGAAGUCUCAGCCCCAGAAGGUGGGGGUGUUUGUGGAUUAUGAGGAGGGUCUGGUCUUCUUUUAUGAUGUUAAACUUCCAGCUUUGAUUUACUCCUUUACCGGCUGCUCCUUCACUGGGAAUCUCUUCCCGUACUUCAGUCCACGUGAUAAUGAUGGUGGUGCAAACUCUGCAUGUCUGAUUUUCUCUGCUGCCAGAGCAGAUCAACAUGUCCCUGCGCCCAUUCGAGACCCAUUCAUCAGUCUUGAGUUAAUCAGAGACCGACGUCUCUCAGACCAACGUCUAUCAGACCAACGUUCAGCAAGCAGUUUGGCUGUCCGAAUCAGUAAAACAAGGAAUAAAUGGUAAAGAUGCCUAUCAUACAUUAGUGUAUUAAGAAUACAGUAUGUGUCAUCCUGAGAAUAAAAAUGAUUUAGUUAUUAGAAAAGAAGCAAAUGAGAUUGACUGCCAGAAAAGUGUCUUGUUUAAUUACCGGAGUCUUUUGCCAUUAUUUUUACUGGCAGGAUGCUUAGAAGAAUAUAAAUGUUAAGUCACUGUACCAUAUAAACUCAAUUACAUCUCUGUGGAAACAUAAACAUAAAAGCAAAAUGUAAAAUUUUAACUGUGAAA